GGAACUUGGCCGCGCAGGGGUCGGGGGUCGUGCGAUCCGCAUGGCGGCGGCGCGGAGGGGCGUGUUUGUUGAAAAAGUACUGAGGAGACUUUUCCCUCAUGAUCCACGUGACCAAGGAAAGGAGACGUCUGUGCCGGCCGCCGCGGAGACCCUUCCCGAGAACGCGCGGCGCGGGCCGGUCCCCCCGCUGCCAGGUGGCAGCACCGGGACCCCGCCGGGCCGGCGGCCCUACACCGCGACCCCGCCCCCGGAGGGCUACGCGCCCGCCCCGGAGCCGCUGGGCCCCGCGGACUCCGAGGGCUCGUCCAGCAGCGCCGGCGCCGGAGAUCAGGACCCUUGUGGUCAGCCGAGGAGGAGAAGGGUGAGGAGGCACCGGUCCAAGCGACGGUCUGAAGACCCCGACAGCACCCACGGGGUGCGCGCCGCGGAAGGGGGACAGCAGAGUGUCUCACAGGGGAGCCCGCACCCACAGCACACAGAUGGCGCCACAAUGAGCAAGAAUAAGAAAAGGAAACUGAAGAAGAAACAGCAGAGGAGGAGGAGGGCAGCGGGCUCCCUCACGAAAGCCUCGGGCAUCAGCUUCCUCUACGAGCCCAGGGAGGGCGGCCCGGAGCCGGGAGACACGCGCGAGGACGCGGGGGACGCUGAGGACCACGGGGACCCUGGGGACGCCGGGCAGGGCCCUGGCAGAGGCUCUGAUGAGAAGGCAGAUAGGAUCCUCGAUUUUUUCAAGUCGACACAAGAAAUGUAUUUUUAUGACGGUGUGUCCAAGGACUCGGACCCGGCCUUCCUGGGCGCCGCCGAGCAGUUGUGUGACGACCUGGGCACAGGCAGCCUGCCCGCCGCAGACCUGCUGGCCCUGGACCACAUGCGGGCGCUGCUGUUCCUGCAGGACCCCGGGGAGCUGCAGCGCGCCCUGCAGGUGUUCACGGGGCGCUGCACCCUGCCGCCAGACCGCAGGUGCAGAGCCCACAGCCUCUCCCCAGGGCUCUGGUGGUGGCUCCGCGUCUGGGACAUUAGGCCGCAGAAAUCUGCAACACGCAUCGGAAAACCGGGCUUUAGAGCCGCUGGAGCUGGACAGCACUGUGCCGGACACGGAACAAUCUCGGACGCGGUUUCAGUUAAAGCAGGGUCUCCAGCCUCAGACGUCUCUGUCGCUGAAACAGACUGAGAUUCACCGACAGCAAAUCAGAUGAGUCAGGAAAGCAGCCCCGCUGGGCCCCGCGUGAUUGACAGGUGGAUGGCAAGGCCGGGAGGGGACUUGGUGACCAGGGCAGCCGCCCUGUGCCUGGCACGUUCUCCAGGAUUUGCAGGGACAGAAAAUGCAAAGCCUGUGAGAUGCCCCACAGCGGUGUGGCCUCAGAGGAGAAGGCAGGAAGGGUCCUGUGGGCGGAGGAGGUGACGGCUGUCACGGGCCCCCUGGGGCCACGCGGAUGUGCUGGUUCGUGGUCGGAGAGGACGGGGCUCCGGGGACUCUGGCACCAGGGCCACUGCACUGGGCAAGGCUUCCCGGCGGUCAGGCCAGGACUGAGGGGCUGAGAUCACCUCCCAGGGGGUGCAGGAUGGUGAGACCCAUGGAGGUUCGGAGUAGGACCAGCAGGUGUGCUGAAUGAGCAGGUGUGGGAUGUGAGAGACA